UGAAUUUUCACCAUCAGUGCAAACGCACCCUUAGAACACAAGUGUGUAAACUGUAAACAAUGCCUGUAUUUAUGUUUUACAUUUUCUGCCCACAUGGGAUAUGGGAAUUGAUGGGAAUGUUAAUAAAAAAUGUUUAAAUUCGGAUUUUCAAGUGAUUGUUCCAUGCAAGAAGAGGAAGAGGAAGAAAAGAGAAAUGAUAAAGUUGAAUGGAUUGUUGCUUCUGAAAUUAAAAUCCAAUCAGAUGAUGUCACUGGCAAGUAUAUAUGCAAUGAAUACCACGAAGAGAAAAGUUUCUCGGAUAUAUCACUAAAAUUAGUACAAACAGACAAAGUUGUCACCAAGUUGAAAGAAGAAAAUUAUAAGGCAAUUGUGGAAGCAGAAUCGCAACAUUCGGAUCUCAUUACUGCCAAAUAUGAAGGUGGUUUAAAAGUUUGGGAGUGUACCAAUGACUUAGCUAAUUAUUUACUCCAACAAAAUUAUUCCUUUAAUACAAAAAAAGUAUUGGAUUUAGGAUGUGGAUCAGGUAUAAUAGGAAUUUUGUGUUUGAUAAAAGGAUCGACAGUUGAUUUUCAAGACUAUAAUAAGGAAGUAAUCACGCAUGUAACUAUACCGAACGUUAUUUUAAAUUUUAACGAUCACGUUGUCAAUAGUGGAAAAGUAAAAUUUUACUGUGGAGAUUGGAAAUCUUUUCUUUCUCUCAUACUUGAGAAUUCAAAUGAAAAAUACGAUUUCAUAUUUACUUGUGAAACUAUUUAUAAUUCUGACAAUCACAAUAAGCUGUAUCAAGUUUUUAAAGAGAAAUUAAAAUUUGGCGGUCUUGGUUUUGUAGCUGGAAAAACCCACUAUUUUGGAGUUGGUGGCAGUAUGAGACAAUUUGAAAAUCUUGUAUUAAAUGAUGGUUAUUUCAAAGUGCAAACAGUGUGGAAAAGUAAUGAAGGUUUACAAAAAGAAAUAAUCGUAUUAUCACACCGUUGAGACAUGUUCUAUAGUAAUACUUUUGUACUAUUUGAAUAUAAUUAUUUUGCUAAAUAUACCUUUCUCUUUUUUUAAUAAUUA